AUGGCAUUCUCGGCGUACUUAUGGACGCUUCACGGAAUCUUAGCAAGCGUUGCAAUCUUCAUUGUCUUGCCACUGGGUGUCCUAAAAUUCAGAGUUGGAUCUCUGCCAUCUUGCGUAUCUCACUGGAGCACUCAAACCUUUGGCACCUUGAUGUUGCUCAUCGCCGCUGGGCUUGGGCUAUUUCAAAGCAGCACUAUACAUUCUGGCCACCAGAUCGCAGGCCUCUGUCUAGUCACUUUGUUGCUACUACAGUCAUUCCUGGGACAUUGCAUUGGAGGCUUGACGAACAAUGCCGGUAGAAGGCUUCAAUCCUGGUCUGUGGCAGCUCACUGUGUCCAAGGCUUCUCCUGUAUCUUGCUCGGUUGGUGGACGGUCGUUACAGGACUCUUACUGGCUUCGUUUGACUCUACGACAAUCAUAUUCGUUAGCUUGACAACAUUCACCGAACUCGUGGGCGUUACGGCUUUCUGCGUUAUUAAGCGGGACUCCAGCAGGAUCACACAGCCAACCAAACCAAAGUUUGUCGUCGCCGAUGACACCGACGACGAGAUGACCAUGUAUUCGCCCUCGGAUGACGCAAAUUAA